AUGCUGAAGACGAUGCCAUCUAAAGCUUUAAUUACCAUAAUCAAUUUUGUUUUCCUCACUAUCUUUCUGCUUGUUUAUGCCACUGUUCUUCCCCGUCCAUCUUCUGACUAUUUGGAGAAUGCAGGCUCCCUUGUGAGGUGCUCCUUGGGUGAAUGUCAUCAAAAGAAGACAGAAAAAAGCUUCAAAAUGAAAGCAGUAUUGGAGGAAACUCAAGCAAACCAACAUACGGAAAAGCAUAAGAGAGCAAACAAGGUGGUACCAAGCUUUUUUGGCGAGAUGGGGAAGGGAAUGAGGAUAGGACUGGUGAACAUGGAAGAAGGUUAUGUGAGUGAAUGGAGCAAGCAUGGGGAAACCACACGAGUUUAUUUCGAGAGGGUGUCACAAUUUUUGAAUUGGACAGACUUGUUUCCUGAAUGGAUAGACGAGGAAGAAGAGAAUGAUGUGCCAUCAUGUCCGGAGAUACCUAUGCCAGAGUAUGCAGAAUAUGGAAGCAUGGACAUCAUCGUUGCCAAGCUGCCAUGCAGGUAUCCCAAAAAAGGGUGGAGAAGGGACGUUUUCCGGUUACAAGUUCAUCUUAUAGUUGCGAAUUUAGCCACAAAGAAUGCCAAGAAUGAUUGGAGAGGGAAGACAAAAGUGGUUUUCUGGAGCAGGUGUAGACCAAUGAUGGAGCUGUUUCCAUGCGACAACUUGGUUAAGCGGGAAGGUGAAUGGUGGUUCUAUGAAGCUGAGGUGAAGAGGUUAGAACACAAGGUUUCAUUGCCCGUUGGGUCCUGCAAGUUGGCCUUGCCUCUAUGGGAACAAGGAACGAAGGAGGGGCACGAGUUGUCGAAGAAUGAGCAAAAAAUUGAAAGCAGAGUGAGAAUGAAGCGCGAAGCUUACGCGACGGUGCUGCAUUCCUCAGAAGCAUACGUUUGCGGCGCCAUAACGCUCGCACAAACCCUCCUCCAAACAGGAACCAAACGCGACCUAAUUCUCCUCGCGGACAAUUCCAUCUCUGUAUCCAAACGCGAUGCCUUAUCGAAAGCGGGUUGGAUGGUCCGAAUUAUGACCCGGAUACGAAACCCGAGGGCUGAGAAAGGAAGCUACAACGAAUACAACUACAGCAAGUUCCGUCUGUGGCAGCUCACCGACUACGACAAAAUAAUCUUCAUCGAUUCCGACAUUAUCGUACUCCGCAACCUCGACAUCCUCUUCCGCUUCCCGCAGAUAUCCGCCACGGGGAACGACCAAUCAAUAUUCAACUCCGGGAUAAUGGUGAUCGAGCCUUCGAACUGCACGUUCCGUGUGCUGAUGCGGCUCCGCGACGACAUCGUUUCGUACAACGGAGGGGACCAGGGGUUUCUGAACGAGGUUUUCGUGUGGUGGCACAGGCUGCCGCGGAGGGUGAACCUUCUAAAGAAUUUCUGGGCGAAGACGACGGCGGAGGCGAGGGAGAAGAACGCGCUGUUCGGGGCGGAACCGGCGGAGGUGUACGCGAUUCACUACCUGGGGUGGAAACCGUGGCACUGCUACAGGGACUACGACUGCAACUGGGACACCUUGGAGCAGAGGGUGUACGCGAGUGACGUGGCCCACAGGAGGUGGUGGAAAGUUCACGACGGCAUGGAGGAGAGGUUGCAGAGAUUCUGUGGGUUAACGAAACGGCGUCGGAGUGAGUUGAAGUGGGAGAGGAGAAAGGCCAGGAAGAUGCGUUUAGCCGAUGGACAUUGGAAAAUCAAUAUCAGCGAUCCUAGGCGAUUUCUCGCUCUCUCCAUCGAUUAG